AUGUUUAUAUUUUAUUCUUCAUUUGUCGAUAAAUUAUUUAUUAAUAUAAUUAUAGAGCAAAUGUGGUUUGCUGCAUUAUCCAAUUAUCAACAUGAAGCGUGGCUUGCUAAUUUUCUUUAUCGUUUAUUAACAAAUCAAAAUGAAGUAUUAAAAUUAAUUAAUUAUUCACCAUUUGCUAAUAAAUCCCCAAAAUAUCUUCGAGUCAUGUUAUAUCGUUAUAAUUUUAGAGAAUUAGGCUCAUCAAAUUAG